AUGCGAUCAAGAUACUACAGCGAUUAUAUUAAGCAUGCAGUAGAAGCACCGGAAGACAAAUGCCGAACUCAACUUAAGCAUACAAUCGACAAGGAACUGGAAGCGUUGACGGGUGUUGAAAAAGAGUCCUACACGAAGGAUAUGGAAUUGCUCACAUUCUGUCCCGCUACAAUCGAGCGCAGUUUCGCGCUUCUCAAGCCCUUCGACUACACAGAACGAUAUUCACUCCAUUACAUUCUCCUACGCAAGUACUCUGGUGAUGGAAACAUGACACACAAGGAGGCAGACCGAGAGGCGAAGAUUCUCCUUGAUGAAUAUAAAGCAGAGCAUUUUAAGAGCUUAUGUGAAGAGUCGAGAGAGUUGACCGACUGGCAAGAGCGAGAGACGGGUGAUGGAGCAUCUAGCUCGGCGGGUAUGGAUAUCGAUUUGUCAGAACCCGCCAGCGAAGAUCUCACUACGAAGAUCUCAGUGCUUCAGAUUUCUAACAAGAAGUCAAAUGGCGAAGCAGGCGGGGUGACAAAGACGGCCAAGAAGCGUCCUCUUGACGAUAGCGACGACGCUGAUGAGGCAGCCCCGUCAGGUUAUAAACGCGCGAAGGUGGAACAUUGGCGAGAGCGCUUUAAUUUUGGAUGGAGUUAA